AUGAGUUCUACUAAGGUUCAAGUACCUCUCACUGAUGAGAGCGAGGAAGAUGAUGUAUUUGACUAUGAGGUUGGUGAUGACGAUGACGAGUAUAGUGAUGAGGAGGAUCAUAAAGCAACCUCAUCUUCCUUAUUACAUGCAACGAAUAGUAAUCCAUUUGCCCCAAUGCAAGCUUAUAAACAAUUACUCGGAAGUGAUGUUGAAACAAUACGAGCCUUUUUGGAAAACAAAUCAAAGAACAAGUACUUUUAUAUAACGGUAAAGAUGGGAGAAAAGAAGGGAAAAUUGCGAGUAAGAAUGGGCAGAGAAAUUAACAGUUUUGAUUUUGAAGAUGCUAUCGAGUUAACAUUGGAGCAACAAACAUAUAUCAGUUUUACUGGAAUGGAAAAUAAGAGAACAGGAGAGGUGUUUCCAAUGAUAGAACAUCCAGUUAUUCCUGGAACCACCUUACUGGAAAAAAAGUAUGUCAGCAAGAUGAAGGAUGGAGAGGAAUACUUUUUAUUAACAAGGGAUAUCAGAGAUGAUGCAGCUAAUUUACUUACUCGUGAACAAUUGGAGAGUAUUAGAGAAAAAUUCAACAAGAUUGAUGAGAAUAGAACUGGUUUUAUAUCUCACGAUGAAAUUAGGAAAUAUUUUGCAAAACAUAGAGACCAAAAGAUUUCCAGUUAUAUAGAAUUUGCCAAUGAAAAGAUUAGAAAAGAACCUAAGAAGGAAGAUUACCAUCAACAACAACUUCAAAAGAGAAUUAACAUGGCAAAGAAACAAUACCAAAAGAAUGUAGACUAUUUCCUCUCCAUUGAUAUUAACGGAGAUGGUUCAAUCAGUUUUGAAGAAUUUAGAAAUAACGAAGUCAAAUCUUACAUUACUCAAAAUAAAUAA